UUGCUCUGUCUGUUACUUGACAACUUGCAGCCGCCCCAUCAGCAGCAGCAGCAUGGAGGUCGGCGCCCGCGUCUGGGUCGCCCACAAGACGGAAAUAUGGGUCGCCGGUACCGUAGACGACUGCCGCGACGGCGCGAUCCGCGUCCGCAUCGAGCAAAGCACCGACGUCCUCGAGAUCCGCGAGGCCGCGAUUGGCGCCGACGACGCAGCCUGCAUCCAGCUGCGCAACGACGUCGACGACUUUACGAACGUGCCCAACUUGAUCCAGCUCCAGUACUUGCACGAGCCCGAGCUGCUCUUUGCGGUCGCGAACCGCUUCGAGCACGACCUCAUCUACACGUACAUUGGCGACAUUCUGCUUGCGUUCAACCCGUUCCGGCCCAUCAACAUGUACUCGAUGCAGCACGUCCGCGCAUACGAGGCCAUGGACAGCGACGCGCCGCCGCACGUGUUUGCGAUCGCGUCGAUGGCGUACCGCUGCAUGCGCGACGAGAAGAAGAACCAGUCGAUCUUGGUCUCGGGCGAGUCGGGCGCCGGCAAGACAGAGAACACCAAGUUUCUCAUGCAGUACCUCGCGACGGUCGGCGCACCGACGUCCUCGAUGACUUCAAGUCCGGCCAAGACGCCGGCCAAACGUCAAAGUCGGCUCAAGACGCCAGUGACGACACCCUUUAUCGCGCUGCAGUUUGGCGCCGACCACACGAUUGUCGGCGCCAAGAUCUCAGUGUACCUCCUCGAGAAGAUCCGGCUCAGCCACCAGUCGCUCGGCGAGCGCAACUUUCACAUCUUUUACGAGCUCUGCGCCGGCGCCGACGACGACCUCGCCGACUUGCUCGAGCUGAGUGCGAUGGAAGACUAUGCGAUUUUGAGCCAGAGCGAGUGCUACGAGCGGCGGUCGGUCGACGACGCGGCCCAGUUUGGCCUGACGACGCAAGCCUUCCGGGACAUGGGCGUCCCGGACGACGAAACCACAUUGAUUCUGAGUGUCGUCGCCUCGCUUCUGCACCUCGGCAACGUCGCGUUCGACGCGGUGAAUUCGUCGACGUCCAACUUGGAGAUGGCGGCGAUCGCGGCUUCGUCAGCAUCGCACUUGGCCACGGCGUCGCGGCUCCUCGGUGUGUCCUCCGAGGCGCUUGUGACGGCGCUCGUGACGCGCCGGAUCCAUACGACGCGCGAGGUCGUCGAGGUCAAGCUCACGGCGGCGCAGGCCGAGGACGCCAAGCAGUCGCUCAUGCAGAGCAUCUACGGCGGUCUCUUCCUCUACAUUGUCGAGCGCCUCUCCAACAUCAUUUGCCAUGACCGCGCGUGCGUCACGACGAUCGGGAUCCUCGACAUUUUUGGCUUUGAGAACCUCCACACGAACGGGUUUGAGCAGCUCUGCAUCAACUACGCCAACGAGCGGCUCCAAGCGCAGUUCAACGACCUCGUCUUUGCCAAGGAGCAGCGCAUGUACGCGUCCGAGGGCAUCGAGUGGAAGUACAUUGAGUUUCCUGACAAUGCCCCGUGCCUCCAGCUGCUCGAAGAUCGCCCCACCGGCAUGUGGUGUCUCCUCGACGAAGAGUGCAUCUUGCCAAAGGGCUCAAACGCAGCGUGGAUCACCAAGUUGUACCAAACGUUUCUGCCGCUCGACGAGACCAUUUCCGAGUCGCGCCGGCACUCGAACCCCGAGCGCGGCCAGCUCAAGAAGCCACCCGUCGGCCCCAAGCCGACUCGACCGUUCUAUGCGUCGCACACACAGCAAGUUGCCUACCAGUUUGUGAUUGGCCAUUUCGCCGGGCGCGUCAUGUACGAGCUCGACGCGUUCCUUCAGAAGAACCAAGACGCGCUGCCAGUCGAAGCCAUUGGGCUCUGUAACGCGUCGUCGUCGCUGCUCGUGCAGUCGCUGCUCGCACCCAAAGCCAAAGUCCAGGCGAAAGCGACGUCGGCGCCGCGCCUCACUCGAGUGCCCAGCAGUCUCCGCGCCGCCAGCGUCAGCGCCCAGUUCAAGUCGCAGCUCGAUGAACUCAUCAGCGUCAUUGGCAGCACGCAAGCCCGCUACAUUCGGUGUAUCAAGUCCAACGACGCGGCCGAGCCCCGGUGUUUGCACAAGCCCCGCGUGAUCCAGCAACUCCGGUCCGGAGGCGUCCUCGAAGCCGUCAGGAUCGCUCGUGCCGGGUACGCAGUCCGCGUCGACCACGCGGUGUUUGUCGAGCAGUUUGGGUUUCUCUUGCCGUCGUCGCCGCGCAAGAGCAAGAAGACGACGACGGUGCUGCCAAACAAGACCAAGUGCGAGCGCAUCGCGGCCAUGCUCGUACUCGACGGCGAGGACGCUGCUGACGUGGCCAAGCGCGUCUUGAGCGGGCUGACGUACGACCGGUCGGCCUUCCAGGACGCGUGCGGCCGCGCCGGCUUCCAGCUCGGUGUCACAAAGAUGUUUUUUCGCAAAGAAGUGUACAACAGCCUCCGGCUCCGUCGCCGUCAAAAGCUGUCGGCGUCGGCGACGCACAUCCAGCGCAUCUACCGAGGUUACUGCGCCGCCAAGGCGUAUGCGAUCGCACAAGCGGCCAUUGCUGUGCUGCAGGCGUGGGCUCGGCAGGUGCUCACACGCCGCCGGCUCGUCCGACGCAGCGCAAUAAUGGUGCAAGCGGCAUGGCGCCGCUUUGCUGCCGUGCGCCGCUGGACGGUGCUGCGCCGCGGGGUCGCGGCUUGCCAGCGCUUUUGGCGGUCGCGGAAAGUGUGGCUGCGUGCGCGGGCCGCGCGCGAGACGGCCCGACGUCUCGAGCUAGAGGCGUUUGCGCAGGCAGCGCGAGAAGCCCAAGCCAUCGUGGACGAGCAACGGCGUGCGGACGACCGGCGCCGGGCGGCUGAACGGGUCGCCGAGCUUGAGCUCGAGCAGAGUAUGCCGACACCGACGCUCUCGCCGCGACUUGGGACGUCCCCGGUAGUCUCGGCCAUGGUAUCGCCGAUGGUCACCGCCGUGCCGCCGGUCGUUGCUACCGUGUCGCUGCCACCAUCGACAAAUACAACAACGACGACGACGACGACGGUGCUGACCGACUCGGCGACCGCGGCGCUCGUCGAGAACCUUACGCUGCAGAACGAGAAGCUCCGGCUCGAGCUCGAGUUGCUUCGACAGCAAACGACGAUAACGACGUCGGCGCUCGUGCCACGGGGGGCGCCUGUUGACGAGCUCGCGUUUGCGCACCAGCAGAUUGUGUCGCUCUCGCAGCAGCUGCUCACGACCCAGAUCCGGUACUCGAAUCUGCUCCUCGACUACAAUGAGAAUGUGCAUGGGUAUGACGCCGACCGACCGUCACUGAGCGAAGACGCCUUCUCGAUGGUCGACGACCUCGCGGUCCCGUGUCCCGAUACGCUCGAGUGCGCCCAAGAGCAGCUCCGCACGCUUCUCCGGAAGCUCCAUGCGGCAAAGGAGAAGCUCAAGCAUCUCGAAGCCGACCGCGUCCGCAAGCCACGAUGCGAUUCGAUCGAAGGGCUCGAGUUUUACCCGCGCAAGUCGACCGAGUGGCGGCCGGCGUUCUACCCGCCGCUGGACGAAUUGGGCUACGACUCGGACGCCGACGAGUACGACUCGCGCGUCGACGAGCUCCAGCGCCAAGUCGACAGCCUCCGGACCUGCAUGCUCACAAAGCGGUCGCUCGCGAGCCUCCCGAGCACGGUCUCGACGGCCUCGGACAUUGUCGAGCGCCGGCCGACGAGCCGCCUCACGUACCACGUGCGCGAUAUCUCCAAGUGGGCGCGCGACGUAGUCUGCUACGAGUGCAAAGCUGAGUUUACGUGGUUUACACGGCGCCACCACUGCCGAUUGUGCGGCCACUCGUUCUGCCACGAACACUCGAACCGCCGCGCGUGCCUUGUCGGGUGUGGCGCCGACGACGAGUCGGCGCCCGUCCGCGUCUGUGACGUGUGCUUUGUCGAAAUCUGCGUCGAAGCGCGCAAGUCGGAGGCCCCGUCCCGCCGGUUUCCACAAUUUGUCUAG